CCUCAUGCGAGUAUUAAAAAGCGGGCAGCCGUCUAUGAUAUGACAGCCUUCAUCACGUCUUUACGAGUAUUCUAUAUCUCUCAACCGUCCAAGUUCCGGAAUCUUCGUACAUAUCUCUCAUUCAUAGACCAUUCUACGCAAUCUUAACCAAGACCACGUUGCGUUCUUUCCGACAUAGUAUCAUGGCUAGCAACGUAUGGUUUAUCGUAGGAGCAAGCAAUGGCUUUGGCCGUGCUAUCGGCUUCGAAGCUCUAAGGCGGGGUGACAAUGUAGUUGCCACGUCGCGCAACCCGGCCAAGAUGGCAGACCUCAAGGAAGCCGGUGCCCUAGUCCUGGCUCUGGAUGUGACUUCCAAUGAUGCGUCCAUCCAAGCCGUGUUCCAGAAGGCUAUCGAUGCCUACGGCAAGAUCACACACUGCAUCAAUGCGGCAGGAUAUAUCUUAGAAGGUUCUGCUGAAGAAAGUUCGUAAGUUGAGGUUCCUCUCUAUGUGGCGAUUUAUGAGAGGUAAGAUACUGAUCUGCUGAUAUUCGGAUAUAGGACUCAGGAAGUAUUCAACCAGUUCAACACCA